AGCGCAGCGCAUUCGACGAUGGUGUUGUGUGUGUGUCGAAAGAUUUGACUUUUUGACGUAAAUUAUUCGUGUAGUAAAUAUGGCUGACGAACUCAAUGUUGACAGUCUAAUUCACAGACUUUUAGAAGUAUACAGGCUGCAACAGGAAACGGCGAGGCGAAAAGGGAAAUUGAAAGACAUCUUUUCAGGAGAAUUUCGAGGAUGCAGGCCGGGCAAGACAGUACAGAUGUCAGAGUCAGAGGUCCGGGGCCUCUGCACCAAGUCCAGGGAAAUAUUCCUGCAGCAGCCGAUACUACUGGAGUUGGAGGCACCGCUCAAAAUUUGUGGUGAUAUUCAUGGGCAGUAUACAGAUUUACUACGUCUGUUCGAAUAUGGAGGCUUCCCACCAGAAGCCAACUAUCUGUUCUUGGGAGAUUAUGUAGAUCGUGGCAAGCAAUCACUUGAGACUAUAUGCCUCCUGCUCGCUUACAAAAUAAAAUAUCCUGAGAACUUCUUCUUACUCAGAGGAAACCAUGAGUGUGCCAGCAUAAAUCGUAUUUAUGGUUUUUACGACGAAUGCAAGCGCAGAUACAACAUAAAAUUGUGGAAAACAUUCACGGAUUGUUUCAACUGUUUGCCCAUUGCCGCUAUAAUUGAUGAAAAGAUAUUCUGUUGUCAUGGGGGACUGUCGCCCGACUUGCAGGGUAUGGAGCAGAUUAGACGGAUAAUGAGACCUACCGAUGUGCCUGAUACAGGGUUACUUUGCGAUUUGCUCUGGUCAGACCCAGACAAAGACGUGCAAGGAUGGGGUGAGAAUGACCGCGGUGUGUCAUUUACGUUUGGACCCGAUGUUGUCAGCAAAUUCCUUAACAGACACGACUUGGAUUUGAUUUGUCGUGCCCAUCAGGUGGUCGAAGAUGGAUAUGAGUUUUUCGCAAAACGACAAUUGGUCACGUUAUUUUCCGCCCCGAACUAUUGUGGCGAGUUUGACAACGCCGGCGGAAUGAUGUCCGUCGAUGAGACACUUAUGUGCUCGUUCCAGAUAUUGAAACCAUCAGAGAAGAAAGCGAAAUAUCAAUACAAUGGCAUCAACAGCGGGAGGCCCGCCACGCCUCAACGGUCACCACCAAAAAAGAAAUAACUGACGUUUGGGAUCCAGUGUGCUGCACAGUGAGAGGGAUGCUACAAAUGAUUAAUUAUAUCAUGUAUUAUAAUUAUUACGUUAGUGUGGUCAUUAGACAUAGCCGAAUAAUAUGUCGCAUAUUGUUAAAAUUUAUUUAUCAAUUUGCUUGUGCCUUCUUAUUUUUAAUUUUAAUUAUUAAUGUGAGUGAUAUUAAUUUAUGAAUUUAGUUCUACAACAUUUGUGGAUAUUUGCAUAGACAUGAGCUAUUCGGCGAUGCCUCUGUGACUAGAGCUUCUUCGAUCCCUGAUGUGUCCUAAUCUUAUACCGGAUGUACCCUGUUAAGUUGUUCUAACAUGUUGAUGUUGUAAAGAAAUUGUUUCGUUGAUUUUCAAGACUCGGGCGGGUGGCAAGCUAUCUUUAAGAUGCGGGCAUUGGAUGUAUAGCGUAUUACAUUUCAUAUUUAUUAAGUUGUAGGAUCGAAAGCACAUUUGCUUUGUUUAUUCUGUAACUAAUGUGCCUAUAAAUGUAAAGUAUGUAUAGGUCUCGUAUAAGUGACGGUAAUUUGUUGUUUUGAAAAUUCUAGUUUUUAUUAGGCAAAAAAAUAUUUUCAAAAAUUAACAAUCGUCCAUAAAAUUAUCCCCUUGGUUCAUUACAUAGAAUUUAUUUUCCAAGUUUUAUCCAGUUGUGGGACUGGCCUAAAAUGAUAUUAACCUUCACCAUGUCAUGUCAUAGAAAUAAGUCUUACUUCCUGUCUAAACUGCAUUGCAUUCGCUUUAUGUUUGGGAAGUCCAGCCCAGUGAAAUUAAUUAGUUAUUUUGCACUCAGUAUUACUCUUUACGAAUUAAGUAGAUAUUCCAAAUUAUUAUUUGGCAUGAUCUCCCAACUGAGGCUCCAGACUCUGCGCAGGAGGCAAGUCUCAUGCAUUGAUAUAAUUUUAAUUAAAGGUGGUAGAACAGUGUAGUCCUCGCAACAAUAGUGCAAUUGCUAUAUUAUUAUUAUUAAAUAUUAUAAAAUUAUAUGCAGGUUUUGCAUUGUACAAUUUUAUUUUUUAGCUAUGUUAUAACAUGUCAAAUGAUUUUCAUUAAAUAAAUAUUAUAACUAUUUAAAUUAAGAAUUUUAUUAUUUCUUCUGUAUGAUUUGCAUUUACUUGUAAUUGAAAAAUUGCACUGUAAUUGUAUCUUGUGCUCAUUAAUAUACAUUUUUAUUCUUAUGUACUUUGCUAUUAGGAUAUCAUUUUGACUUUAAUAUUUCCUUGAAUAUGAUUCAAAGCUUUAUAUUUGACUGUUAGUAAAAUAAUAUGUUGCUAUGAUAAAAUUGGAAAUUAGCUUUCUGUAAUAGCAGAAUAACAAGCUGUUGGUAUAAUUGGUGUACCAAAUAAAGCAACAUUAGAUUUUUAUGUGAUUUAAUCAGUAACACUUUAAAAUAUCACUAACAAUUUAUUCUCUAUUUUCAUCUACACUAGUUAAAGAUAAGUUCAGAAGAUUGAGUUUAAAAUAAUUGUAAUAAAAUUUCGUUGUACUUUUUCUCAAGUGUGUACAAUUUUCUGAAAUAUAAAUUUUAUUCAAAUAA